AUGGAAGCUUACGAGUUCUUGCAUCAACACAUAGUAGUUUUUUGCUCGAAGGAAGUGCCCGUGGCGCGUUAUGUUAGCAUGGGUCACAACAUUGCACGCGAAUUGGGAUCCAAAAACUUCAGUGGAAUCGAUGCUGUGAGGACGUGGGUGGCACAGAAGAAAAAUUAUAACCACACAUCCAACUCUUGUGUUGGUGGUGAAUGUCGUGGUUAUACUCAGGUUGUUUGGAAGACCACUACUCAUGUUGGCUGUGCUAGAGUCAUGUGCGACAACAAAAAUGCAGGAAUAGUUGUUAGUUGUGUGUAUUUUCCUCCGGGCAACAUUCCAGCUUUACGACCCUAUUAA